UGUUUCCAAAAGCUAGGGAUAUCUUAUGAAGUGGAUCAGAUACAACAAAUACGGGACCCCAAACAACAAGUGGAGAUGGUGGGUGUACCAGAGGAGCACUUAUUAGGUCACGCUUUCCAUAUGUAUCAUCUAACAUCGCCUGACCAAACGGUUUCAUUUGAGUUCCAACACAACGUUUGUGGAAGAUCCAUAUAUGCCGAGGGUACUAUAGAUGCUGCCCUUUUCCUGGCUAAGAAGGUUCGCUCCAAGGCUGGCAAGCAUAUUUACAACAUGAUUGAUGUCUUACGUGAGGGUAACAUGCGAUAGUGGUUGGUGAAUCGUAAAUUUUUACCCCUUUUUAUGAAACAUUUUUGUUGUACUUGUGGAUGUUAAUUUAUAAUAAUCAGGUAGAUGAAGUUUGGUACUCUGUUUUGUUUCUUAUUAGAUCUUUGUAUGACAUGAUUCAUCUUUUUAAAAUGGGUUCAGAAGGCUUGUGAUAUGAA